CCAAUAUCGCACAAACAACCCGCACAGACAGACAGAGCCGAGCAGGGGGAAGGGCGACGACUGCGAUUAUGUUGAAGCGCUUCCAGUUCUUUGACAAGGAUGUCGCCACCCGAGCAGAUGGCGUCGCCUUCAACGCUCUCGAGGGCAUCAACGUGGCACACGCCACGAGUGGACGCGGCAUCAUGUUCUUUGGCAGCGCCGAGGGAUACAUUUGCGCCGUUACAAAGGAACUGGAGCACUUUACCUUUCAAGUCCACGACGCGCACUUGAUGUGCAUGAUCCAGCUCAGAACGCACGGCAUCGUCGUUACCGCAGGCCGUGAUGAAAACACUGGCCCGCAAACGGUCAAGGUCUGGAGCACCGAAAAGGUGGCCGGUGGCAACAUGCCGACGCUGCUGCGGACGGUGACGCUGGCGGCGAGCAUGCCGGCCAUCACCACCAUGGCCGCACACGAAGGGCUCAGGCACCUUGUGCUCGGCUUUGUCGACGGCUCUGUGCGUCUGGUGCAGGGCGACAUCACGCGUGAGCGGUCGUCCAGCCGCAGCCUGCGCGAGCUCUUUCGUGAGCAGGCGCCCAUCACGGGGCUUGGCUUCCAGCCGGCACUGGACCACGUGUUCCUGUUCAUCACCACGGAGGUGGACGUGUACGGGUGCAGUCUGGACCCGAAGCGGCCCGCGGAGAAGCUGACGACGACGGCAGAGGGCAUGAAGUCGCACGGCACCGCCCUCAACUGCUUUGCCAUCUCCCCAGACGGCGCGCUCUGGACGGAGGGCGACAGCGAGCUCAACAUGUUCCUCCCGGAAGGGCGCGGCAAAUCCCUUCCCUUCCCAGGCAAGAAGCUGGCGCUGCGCUUUUUCCGCAAUUAUCUGGUGAUUGUGCACAAGCAGCAGUCUGCGGCGCGCCAGGACGACUACGCCGAUGCCAGCAUCUCGCGCGUGUGCUCCGUGACCGUCUGUGAUCCUCAGAACAAGUUUAUUGCGUACGAGACGACGUUUGAUGACGUGCGCCACGUGCUCUACGAGUGGUCCUCCAUCUUCGUCCUCACAACCCAGGGCAAGCUCUUCCAACUGUCUGAGAAGGACUUUGAGAGCAAGAUGGAGUAUCUGUACAAGAAGCACAGCUUUGAGAUUGCCAUCAGCCUGGCCAAGGAGCAGGCCGGCCCAAACAGCGAGGACUCAGACACCCUCGCGGAAAUCUACACCCAAUACGCCAAUGAUCUGUACAAGAAGCGCAACUUUGACGAUGCGGUGCGGCAGUACAUCAAGACCAUUGGAAAGCUCGAGCCCUCCUACGUCAUCCGCCGCUUCCUCGAUUCCCAGCGCAUUCACAACCUGACGGAGUACCUGCAGGCCCUGCACGACCGGCAACGGGCAGACAAGCACCACACCACGCUGCUGCUUAACUGCUACACCAAGCUCAAGAACGUGCAGAAGCUGGACGAGUUUAUCAUGACAGACAAGGAGCUCAACUUUGAUCUCGAAACAGCCAUCACGGUGUGUCGCCAGGCCGGCUACUACAAGCACGCCCUGUUUCUCGCAAAGCGAUUUGGCGAGCAUGAAUGGUACCUGCGCAUCCAGCUGGAGAACGUGCACAACGCAGCGGACGCCCUCAAGUACAUUGCCUGUCUUCCCUUCCCAGAGGCGAAAGAGAGCAUGCAGCAGUUUGGGAAACAGCUGGUGGCGGCACUGCCAAACGAGGCCACGGAACUCCUCAAGCGGCUGUGCACAGACUACAAACCAAACACAGACGUCGACGUGUGCAGCGGUGGCGGGCGCAAGGGCCGGCGCAACCGCUCCAAACCACCAGCGGACCCCGAGGACUUUAUUCAGCUCUUUGUCGACAACGUGCCCCAGCUCAGGCAGUUCCUCCAAUACAUGGUCGAGAACAAGAGCGACAUGAAGAAGGCCGCUUACGACACGCUGUUGGAGCUGUACUUGCGUGAAAAGCCAGCGACUGCUGCGGAGGAGGCGGACCGCGACGCGCGGGUGAUGGCGCUGCUGCGAAGCCACGGCAAGUACGACGAGUACCAGGCCAUGAUCCUCACGCAGAUGUACGACUUCAAGGAGGGCAUCCUCUACCUCUUUGGCCGCACCAAGCAGUACCAGCAGAUUGUCCGCUACUACAUGGAGAAGAAGGCUUACGCAGAUGUGAUUAGCGCGUGCCGGACGUACGGCGCUGCGGACACGGCCCUCUGGGUGCAAGCGCUUGAAUUCUUCGCAGGGGACGAGGAAGGCUGCCGCAAGUACAUGAAGCAGGUGCUGGAGUACAUUAACGACAACAACCUGCUCCCGCCGCUCAUGGUCAUUGAAAUCCUCGCCCGAAACGACAUGGUCACCCUCGCAUCCGUCAAGGACUACUUUACGAAGCGGCUCAACGACGAGAUGAAGUCCAUUGACGGCGAUGAGCGCCAGAUCCAGCGCUAUCGUGGCAAGAGCGAGGCGAUGCGGGCAGAGAUUGAGCAGCUGCGAACACAGGCCCGCGUCUUCCAGGACAACAAGUGUUCGCAGUGCCCGCGGCCAUUGACGCUGCCCGUCGUGCAUUUCCUGUGUGGGCACUCGUACCACUGGGACUGCAUCCCAAACGAGAACGAGUGCACGCGGUGCCGCGACGAACACCACAUGGUCAUGACCAAGCUCAGGUCCCACGAACAGGCCGGCCAAAACUACGACCAGUUGUCGAAGCGGCUGGACGGCGCAAAGGACCGCUUCUCCGUCAUUGCAGAGCAGUUUGGCCAGAACAUGUUCCACAAGCCCGUGACGUUGCCUGAGUCUGCUGUGCGCUCGCACGACCACCCGACGAGCACCCCUGCCCACGCCCCGCCAUCAUCGUCAUCAGCGGCAGCACGCCGUGGCGGCGGCGGUGGCGUUGACGAUUCGCACAUGUACGGUACAGGGAUGACCCCGCGUGGUGCCGGGCUUGACACGAGCGACGUUGGCUUCAGCACGGGGUUUUCGCCCAUGGGCGGCGGCGGCGGCGGCGGUGGGAUGCGGCGCGGAGGCAUCGACCGCCACGACGACGUCUGGGGCGCACGCGGAUUCUGAGCUGGGCGUGUUGUUGAUGGUGGUGGUGGCGAUGGUGGUUAUGUUGAUGGUGGUGGUGGUGCUGGUUGCAAGCAAGCAAGCAGGGUGUGUGUGCGUGUGUGUGUGUGUGUGUGCGUGUGUGUGUGUGU